AACCAUGGAACAAGAUAGGAAUGCUGUUGCGGCAGCAAACGAUGCAGAAGACGUACUUGGUCUCGAUCAACCACUUAAACUCAAGAAACGGGCAAAGAUAGCCCGGAUAGACAAUCAAAGGAUCUUCAGCAGUCAUGGAAUACCCUAUAUUGUAAAGAACCAUUCCCAACUAAGCAGAACAAUCCUGCGCAAUGACCGUCAUUUCAUGAAGAAAUACCCAUUAGCGAGUAAAAGUCAGAAAUUGGAUCACGAAUAUAACAAUCUUGUUUCAGUGUUGCAGUUUUACCAACUAUGGUGUCACGGUCUAUUCCCCAAGGCUAACUUUAGAGAUUGUAUUCAGCUUAUUCGAGGUUUAGGAGGCAAGAGUCCUCAGUUAAAGCUUUAUAGACGACAGUUGAUGGAGGCGGAAUUGAAUAAGUUGAGGGUCGAAAAGGGCAUUAUCGAUAAUGUUCCUGAGGAUAUAGACGUGGAUGCUUCUUUGUCUGAAGUGAACCAGCCCGUUGAUGCUAGUGCUACUGGAGAAACUAGCGUGCAAGCCAAUGUGGGUGAUGAAGAUGAUGAUUGGGAUUUCAUGAAUGUGGCUGCUCCUCGAAACAGGUUAUUUGUGGGUGAUGAUGAUGACGACGACGAUGACGACUUGUAUCAGGUUCCUGAACACCCAGUGGAGACCAGAGAUAAGAUCGUGGAGCAAGCUAAUAAUUCUAAAGACACAUCUAAAGAAACAGAUGAAUUAGACGACCCAUUCAGUGACGAUGAAGAUCUCGAACUUGUUGCUGCUCAAUUGACCCAAGCUCCACAAGAAAGCGAACACCCAGAACCACCGUUUGAAGACGAUGAAAACGAUCUAGAGUUGAUGAGAGAAUUUGGAAUGUGAACUAAGCAGUAAUAUAAAUCUUCCUAUACAUACUUGCAUGAUUAAAUAUAUUUGACACCACAUCA